AUACAUGGCACGAAGGUCGGGGCGCGGAGGAGAUCAAUGUCCGAGGUCUACGAUUUUCCUUCUCCACAUUCAUAGUUUAGAGUUCGGAAGGUCUGUGUUUCGAUGGAGACAGAAGGACUUUACGAUCUUUUGAUUUCUAAUACGCUUGCUUGGGUGGAUGUGGAUGUGGAUGCGGUGUGGUUUGGGGUUGUUUAUAUUGUGAGGGGACUUGCUGUUUUUUGUUGAGGAAAGCAAGAAGAGGAAAGUACAGUUUCUCUAAUCAAUUCGUUCGAUUUGCCUUUUUUGAAGAGGAUUUAUACACCUACAACUCGAUUUCUAUAAUUCGAUACAUUUCCCAAACGAAACAACACAUCUCAAAAGAUCCCAAUCAAUCCAGAAAAAUGGUUACCAUCACUCUCGAUGCCGAUUACGGCUACGUAAUCCUCGCCGCAACCUCCACCUUCGUCCUUAACUUCUGGCACGGCAUCAACACCGGUUCCUACCGCAAAGCCGCCAAAGUCGACUAUCCAGCUGCCUAUGCCCCCUCCUCCCGUACCGACACCGCAGCACAUCAAUUCAACUGCGCGCAGCGCGCACAUGCGAAUUUCACAGAGAAUCACUCGGUAGCGGUUGCGGCGAUGUUGGUUGCUGGAUUGGAGUUUCCAAGGUCGGCGGCCGUGUUGGGGGGUGCGUGGACGAUUAGCAGGUGGGUUUAUAUGAGGGGGUAUAGUCAGGGAGGUGUGGGUGGAAAGGGAAGGUAUAAGGGUAUUUGGUUUUGGUUGUUCCAGAUGGGCUUGAUGGGUUUGUGUGGAUUUAUGGGGGGGAAAAUGGUGCUUGAGGGGAAGUUGUAGGGUGUGAGAGUUAGAAGGGGAAAUGGAGAAGAGAGGAAAGGGGUAUAGAUGAAUUGGUUGUGGAGAGUUUGAGAGGAAGAGAAGCAGGAAGGUCUGCAUUCAAACGGUCUCGCACUUCCCAGUCAAUUUGAUAGACAACCCUUUUCUUAACUCCCUGGAAUAAUCCAUCUCCUAAUUGAAAAUCGCAUUAAAGCUAAUGCUCUUACUACCUACCUACCCACCUAAACAAAAUACAAAUUCCAUAACUACACAUCCACACUACCAAGUAUCUAGUGAUCCGC